AUGUCGGCGUCAACACCUCAACGAACAUCCCUGCGACAGGGCUUGCGCCAGGCGCCAAAAGUCAAUCAACCAUUUGUCCCUGACACAGCUCCCGCACGUCAAAAGCAUACUCACAACUUCGCCUCGCCUCAACCCCCACAUUCACCCCACUCAAACCUCAACCCUGCCGCCAACCCAAACAGUGCUCAUUUUUCCGUGGACAGCUGGGAAGGAAAGGGUCAGACACAACUACCGCUCUCAGUUCGAGACAUUUACACCCCCGGAAACAGACCCUCAUUCUUUGGCGGUUUCAGAAGGAUGAAACAAGCGCGACAACCAGAUUUCUACGACCCUUAUUUCCCACUGAACUUCCUCGACGUUCCAAGAAUGGAUCACAUCUACAAGCGCGCGCAUUAUGGCCUCCAGUCAGGUAUUCCAUCUGAGGUCGAUUUUGCAUUGUACCAUCUUGUUCAGAUCUCCAACCAGCGAUGGGACAAGUUCAAGUUCGAAGGAUUUCCAUUGCUUGCUGAGACCCUGAUGCGAAAGGCUUUGGAGAUCACCCAUGUGAUUAGUGGAGUCAAUUGGGAGUACCAAUAUGAUCCUCGUAUGCCAACAGACCGGGUCACUGCUUUGAACUCUCUUCACGGGACUCGAAAUAUCCUCGACAAGAUCAAACAACUUCCCAAGAUUUACCCAACAGACACUGUUGAAACUGAGGAAUUUGCUCACCACAUUCGAAAUAUCAAAGAAGCCAGUCUGGUGCUGAGAAACAUGGUGUUGCUUCAAGAAAAUGCCAUUUAUGUCUCACGCUAUGCGAGUGGCCUUCUCCGAGAUUUCCUUGUUAUUCUUAUUAACGUCCCAAAUGACCCCCGUUUCAUCGAAGUGAAGAAUGAUGCCCUCGAUAUUGCCGAAGAAGUCACAAAAUUCAUGAGAACUGAUGCCCAGGACCCUCUGUGGAUUUCUUUGGUAGAGUGCUUACACUCAAGCGACCGUGCCCACAUCAUGCGAGCUAUCUGGGCAUUGUCACAUUUCUCUACUGCCUUGGAUGACUCUGAUGCAAACCGUGCCUUGGAAAGCCUCCCGAAGCCAACCUUGCAGCAGAUGUACUACAACCUACUCAUGACCUACGACAAGGAGAUACUGAGUGGUACACUGGAUAUCUGGUACCAGUACACUCUGAGCCCUGACAACAUCGAAACCCUCAUGGAUGUUAUUAACCUUCCUAUCGUUUUCGUCCCUCGCCUGAUUGCAUUGCUCUCGUACGAAGGACGAGUAAACAAGACCGAAACGGUUCUUCAGGAAGAAAAAGUUGCACCUGCGCCAUCUGAGAUUCCGCGUGUUCCGCCCGAGCUGCUGGAGAAGCUGAUGGAAUUGUCCGAGCCAGAGCGCAGCUCACAGUGGCUCCGCUGCUGCUUCGUUGAAGAUUCUGAGUGUGAGAUCACUCAAAUUGCCUUGUGGCAAGCCUACCAGAACCGAUUCGGCGACUCUCGAAUUCCCGGUGCUGGUGUCCUGCCGGCUGCUGAGUUUAUUAAAAAUGUCAGCAACACUUUCACAAAUGCCCAAGCUCAGGUAAUCAAUGGGCCGGGAACUGCGACCAAGUUCAUCAUCAAGGGAAUCCGACCCUUGGAAACUGCAUACACCUUCGAGGGUUUCCCUUACCUCUACUGCCGAUGGAACGAUAACUCUAAGCCAUCCCAGAUGUGCCAACGUGCUUUCAGCUCUCCCAAUGAUCUUCGUCGCCAUGUAUUUGCGGAUCACAUGCACCUGGAAGCCGAAGAAACUCCCGGCCAAUUCAAGCUGGAUGCAGCCGAGACACCCAUUCAUACCUGUCAGUGGGAUAACUGUACCCGAUUCAAGGCAUCGGGACCCAGCACUAACACCGCCACGGUUGCUGGUCACGUCUCUUCGCAUCUGCCUGAGGAUCGUCCUGCCGAUGCGCAGCCCCCAAGCACCAAGCGCGCUGUUCUCCAGGAGCGGAUUGUGCGUAAGUGGUACUACAUGGACACUCCCGUCAGCGAGAAAGGCGAGCCCUACGGUGCGGCAUACAAGGCUGCACUGAUCCUGCGCAACAUUGCCCGAGGACUUCCGAAUCGCCAGGCUACGGCCCAUGGAGACCUUUCCUGGAAGAAGACUUGCUUCAUUACACAGCGAGCCAAAAUCGUCGACAUGUGGGAUCGAAACCGUGCCUUGCGCAAGGAGCUGACCGAGUUGAUGAUGCUUAUUGAUAAGGAAGAGGACUAUUGA